AAAAGGCGCGCGCGGCUGCGAGGCUCGUCAGUUGCGCCAGCGCCGGCACACCCGUCGGUCAGGAAUCUAGUCAAUUUUUUAAAAAUAUAUUUUUAAUCAAAGGCCACCAUGAAAGUGUUCAUCGUUAUGACGGCGGUCGCCGCUCUAGCCAGCGCCCAAUUCAAAUGCCCGGCGAAAGACGGCCAGUACGACGAUGAUCGGCAGUGCGACAAAUUCUACGAGUGCGUCGACGGCGUGGCGACCACCAAACUGUGCCCGGACGGUCUCGUCUUCGACCCCACCAUUAGGAAGAUCAACAAAUGCGACCAGCCCUUCAAUGUAGACUGCGGUGACAGGACCGAGCUCCAGCCCCCCAAGCCGAACAGCCAGUGCCCGCGCCGCAACGGCUUCUUCGCCCACCCCGACCCGUCCGUCUGCAACGUGUUCUACAACUGCAUCGAGGGGGAGCCCAUCGAGGUCAAGUGCACCGCCGGUCUGCACUUCGACGAGUACUCUGGAACGUGUGUGUGGCCUGAUGCGGCUGGCAGACAGGGCUGCAACGUUCAAGAGAAGAAGACCAAGGACGGUUUCGAGUGCCCCAAGGACGUGCCAAUAGACCCCCAAGGUCAGCCCGUGGCGCACCCCAAGUUCGCCCACCCCACCGACUGCCAGCGUUUCUACGUGUGCCUCAACGGUGUGGAGCCCAGAGACCUGGGCUGCCAGGUCGGAGAGGUCUACAACGAGGAGUCUCAGAAGUGUGACGCGCCUGAGAACGUGCGCGGAUGCGAGGACUGGUACAAGGACUCCGAGGAGGCGGCGCCGGGCCCCAAGGCGAGGUCCUAAACACUCAUAGUGAUAUGCAUAAUAUAGUUUCAAUUUAAGACUUAAUAAAUGUUAAGUAAAAUAAAAAUUA